CACAAUUUAAAGAAAUACUUCUGUAAACAAAAUGGUUGAAACUGGUAAAAAGUUAAGUGAAUUAAGGGUUUCUGAUCUGAAACUUCAGCUUGAGAAACGUAAAAUGGAUACUGUUGGUGCUAAGGCCACAUUAGUAGAACGUUUAGAAAAGGCCUUAAAGCAAGAAGGCCAUGAUCCUCAGAAAUACGUUUUUAAAAGUGGAGAUAAAAUAACUCCAAAAUCUAAAGAUAGAACUGGAACGGAAGAAAUAAAAAUAAAGGAAGAACCCGUUAUGGAUGGUUACCCAGAAGACAGUCGUGAUGGAUUUCAGUCUGGUAAUGAAAAUGGCGAUGCAGAUGCGAACGUAGAUGACGAGAUUGAUCAAGUGGGAACUGUAGAUGACGAGUGUGUUAUCAUUGAAAAUGAAGAUGAAGAGUCUCAAUAUGUUGAUGAUGCAGAUGCUGAAGCAGACGUCGAUGCUGAUGCUGACGCUGAUGAACAAGAAAAUGAGGAAAAUGAACGUGGUGAAGGUGAUGAAGUGCACGAAGAAGAGGACGAAGAAGAAAUUAGUGAAAAUAAUAAUCAUGACACCGAAGAAUCAAUUAAUUUGACAAUUGGCGAAGAAGAGCAACAAUUAUUACAUGAAGCUGCAGAUGAAAAGGAAAAAACAGCUGAAGCCAGCAAAUCACAAAAGGAUAAGAGCUCAGCUAAGGAACAACAAAAUAGCGACAAAGGAAAAAAAGAUGAGAAAAAGGGUGGCAAAGAUGAGGCUUCCAACAAAAAUAAGAAAAAAGAAGAGAAGUCCAUUGACAAAAAAGACACGAGUGAACAUAAAUCGUCAACAAAAUCGUCACAUAAGGAUGAAAAAGAAAAGACUACUAAUGCAUCAACUGUUAGCAUCUCAUCGAAAUCCUCAAAGCCUACAGUUCCAUCACGUAAUUUAUGGGUUUCCGGUUUAUCAACAUUGACACGUGCAAGUGACUUGAAAACAAUUUUCUCCAAGUAUGGCAAAGUAAUCGGUGCAAAGGUUGUUACAAAUACGCGUACACCGGGUUCCCGUUGUUACGGUUACGUUACAAUGUCAUCAUCAUCUGAUGCUACUCGUUGUAUCGAAAAUUUGAACCGGACUGAACUGCAUGGGCGCAUUAUAUCUGUGGAACGUACAAAAAAUGAAAUUGGUAAUACAUCAAACGGAGCUAAGGACUCAGCAAAAGUUACAGGUUCGCGUUCAGCAUCCAAAAAGAAAGAUGACGACAAAAAAAGUUCUGCUAAAGAUGGUGCCAAACCUUAUGAUGAAAAACGGAAACUUGGUGAUACUAAAAAAGACGAUAAGGACAAAGAUAAGGGAAAGGAUAAAAAAGAUGAUAAAGAAGCCAAAGAUGAAAAAUCAAAUGACAAUAAACGUUCACGUGACCAAGUUCGUUCCAAGGAAGUCGAUAAAGAGCGUGAACAGCGCAUACGCGAAAGGGAACGUGAACGCGAGCGCAUACGUCAACGCGAAAUUCUCUCUUAUCAAAAGAUACGCGAAGAAAGGGAACGUCAGCGUUUGCGUCAAAAGGAAAGAGAAUUGCGUGAAGAGGAACGUCGUCGCCGGGAGAUACGCGAUCGUCAACGUCAAGAAGAAAUUCGUCUAGCAGAAGAACGCAGAAAGUUGGCUCAGGAACGUGAACGUCUUGAACGAGAAAAGGCUGAGCUUAUGCGUUUGGAACGUGAGCGUCAAAAGUUGGAACGUGAAAAAAUUGAACUGGAACGACUUGAGCUAAAGCGCCAACAAAUGAAAAUGUUACAAGCUCGUGAGGAACCCAUCAAACGUCAUUCGAAGCACACUAGUGAUGAUCGGUAUGCUGAAGUUUCCGAACGUAAACGUACAACAACAAAUGAAGGACGUAUGGAAGCACCACCACCACCUAGGUUUGAUGCCAGCUUAGUAUCCUCAAGAAGUUUCGAUAAGAAGCGUGAUGAUUAUAACAGUACAGCAACAUCAAAACGUUUAGAUUACAGCAAACGCGAUGACUACACAAGUUCUAGUUCUAAACGUAGUGCCAUUGACGAUUAUACUGCAGUACCAGCGAAGCGUAAUACCGAAGAUUACGCUAAUAAGCGUGGAGAUUACAUGACAGGGGCAAACAAUAAGUAUAUAACUUUAUUAGUAGACACAGAGGCAGAGAUAUCAGUAAUAAAAGAUGGUAUAAUAGGGAAGAGCAAUUUUGAUAACACAAAAAACUGCCAAAUAAAUGGCAUAACAGGAAAAACAACCACAGAAGGUUUAAUAGAUAUAAAUUUAUUUUUUGAUGGUAAAACAAUACCUCACAAAUUCAAUGUCACAAAAGAUAAUAUAAAUUUACCUAUAGAUGGUAUAUUAGUGAUCUCAAACUCAGAAGAUGAGAUUGUCUUACCCUUGAAUAUAAAAAUAAAAACCAUUAAAAAUAUCAAAAUACUGCCCAGGGUAGAAGUAAUUCAAGUAGUUGAACUAAAUACAAAAGAAGACAGUUUAGUCUGUGGAAAAGAAAUAGUGAAAGGAGUAUUCAUAGCUAAUUCUUUAAUAUCUGCCAAAGGUAUACUAGAGACACACCUGUAG